GAACAACUAAGAGUCCUCCACAAUGAUCGAUCGCUUCGGUGUGUUUGUCGGUGCUUACCCCGGAUUACGCUCGGACUUGCCUUUUUCAUCCAUGACCCUGCGACUCGGCCUGGGACGCGGUGGGACGCGGCCACUCGAGAUGAUUGAGGAUAAAUAGCACUCAUCCUUCCGAGGCACGACAAGGCUCGAUCUGAAUGACCUUUUGUGCUCCGCGCGGGCACACGUUCCCUAUUCAAUCCUCACUUUGGGCCACACCUCGCACUGGAUGUGUAUUCUUCUGCCUCGAAAUGUGGAUCCCUGACGUUGUUACUUGGGGUGCGAUGGCCAUUCAGGGACUCAGUGGGCUCCCUCGGUGCACCAACAUACCCGCACCCGUGAGAACACAUGUCAUGAUUUACCACCUUGGAUGCUCUCCGAACAAACUCAAUCAUCGAUCUGGCCCCAAAGCGGGGUCACUCUCGGUCGUCUUCCGUCCGCUCCUUGUCUGGUCUGGAAUCCGGCAUUCUAAUAGUUCGUCUAUCCCACGAGGACGCAGUCGCCAUACGCCUUGGAUGGGCCCGGAAGCGCUCGCUGCCAUCGCUGUUGCUUCCCGUGUUAUCCGCAGAACUUGCCCUUGAGGUCACCAGGUUUCCCAUGAAUGAAGGCCUCGGCCAUGUCGGUUGUCCUUGACACGGCCCCAUUUUGGAUGGGCCAUUCCCACUGUCCGUGCAGACGACCAAAGCAUCGCAUUUGCUUCGCCAGUCCGUGAACGAACAAGAACAAGUCGGGUUUCUUUCUCUUCGACCUGCACAAUGCAUACCACGUCAAGACUGCGGUCCGAAAGGGCGGUGCUGUCGUUAUGUAGGCUAUACGCCAUGCGGCCUAAGGGCUUUCACGUAACGCGCUUAUCCCCGGUAGUUUGUACGCAGCUUGAAGGAAUCACUUUGAUAGGCAGUGGUAUCUCAAUCAAGGCCCAUGUUUUCCAUAUUGGUCCAACGUCUCCGACGCUGCCUUCAUGCCGGCUCUCCGCCGUCUCGUGAGCAUUCACGAAAUGCUCGGCCAAUACACAGCUAUUUAUACAGUUCGGAACUCUCCCACAUUCAUACAGCCGGAAGUUUGUGACAUCACGCGAUUCGUAUUAUAUAAAUCAUCCGCUGAUCAUACAGCCCUUGAAUCCCACCACCUCGAAUGACCCUAGUCCCCGGUCUGUCCAAGCAAUCCACUCGUCUCGUGUACAGUCUAUAUUCUGUAGCCUCCCAAUAUGUCACCCACUUGCUUCCUAUCACCCAAUAUGGCGUUUCCAACGCCUCCCAAGCGGGCGGCUCGCUCUUCAAGCGCGAGAAAUUCGACCCCCACAAACCUACUAGCAUCGUAUUCGCAGUACUCAUCCCCGUCCUCGUACUCGCCUCCGGUGUAUUUGCCGGGCUGACACUCGGCUACAUGAGCUUGGACGAGACCCAGCUGAAUGUCCUGAGCAUCAGUGGAACACCUAAACAGCGCGAAUAUGCGAACAAGAUCAAGCCUAUCCGCAAGAACGGGCACCUGCUCCUCGUGACCCUGCUGCUCGCCAACAUGAUCACGAACGAGACUCUCCCUAUUGUCGCCGACCCGGUUCUGGGGGGUGGCGUGCAGUCAGUCGUGGUCUCCACGGUGCUCAUCGUCAUUUUUGCGGAAAUCAUCCCCCAGUCCCUGUUCACCCGUCAUGGCUUGUUCCUCGGCGCGAAGAUGGCUGGAUUCACUAGGGUUUUGAUCUAUGGCUUGGGCAUUGUUGCUUGGCCAGUUGCCAAGCUGCUCGAACUCAUCCUGGGUUCUCACCAUGGCAUCAUCUACCGCAGGGCAGAACUCAAAGAGCUUAUUGCCAUGCACGACUCGGGUGCCACACACGGUGGCGAUCUUCGCACGGACACUGUCACCAUCAUUGGCGCGACGCUCGAUCUCCAAGAAAAGGUCGUGCGACAGGCCAUGACUCCGAUCGCGGAUGUUUUCAUGCUUUCGAUCGACUCUUAUCUCGACUACGACCUGCUCAAGAAGAUCUGUCUCACGGGCCACAGCCGGGUACCGGUCUACGAAGAGAUUGAGUUGAAUGGCACCAAGGUGAAGAAGAUCAUCGGGAUUCUGUUGGUCAAGCACUGCGUGUUGCUGGAUCCCAAGGACGCUAUCCCGCUGCGGAAGAUUCCUUUGAACAAAGUCCCGUUCAUCCCACACAACGAGCCGCUCUUGAGGUUGUUGGACAAGUUCCAAGAAGGCCGAAGCCACAUGGCUAUCGUCAGCCGAUUUGGUGAAGACAAGGCUGCCAGCGUCAAGAAAGCUGUGAAGCGCGGUCUUACUCAGCGCCUUCGGGAGCGUGUCGGGAUGGGCGACUCGAGUGACGAGGAGGAGGAGAAAGAGAAAGAGAAAGACAGCGCGGUCAAGAAGAAGUUCCGGGAUAUCGAGGAAGGAAUCGAGGAAGAGUCGUCCGAGGGCGACGAGACCCUGAAGAGCUACUACGCAUCUGCGCGCGGUCGCUCCCAGCGGGUCACGGCUACCGCUGUCCCCGAGGAACGCGAGAGAAGUCGGCGGGCGAGUUUCCAACUGCCGUCGCGCUCUGGACUGGAGCAGAGCAUGCCUGCGGAUGCUGUCCUCGGUAAAGAAGGUGUUGCAGAGUUCCUGCAAAACUUCGACCCCGCUGUGAUGCCUCUUGGGAUCAUCACGCUCGAGGACGUGCUUGAAGAGCUCAUCGGUGAAGAGAUUUACGACGAAUUCGACCCGCAGGGCGCUCACGGAGAUCCUUACGUCCCGCCCGGUGAAGAAGUUACGGUCCCAGUCACGAUCGAGGUCAUCCCCGUAGCGCCGAACGUAUCUCUCAAGGCACCCACUCCCGUCCUUUCACUCAAGGGACUGAACUUCCUGCGCUCGAGAAGCGCUCCGCCGACUCCGCGUGAUACCGUAGCCCCCAACCUGCCUCUCCACGCCGCCGGCAGUCUCGCCAUCAAGGAACACCUGUCCUCGGAGGACCUCACCGCACCCGGCGGCGGCGGCGGUCCAGUCGUCGUCGUCGUCGGACGCGACUCCUCGCCGUCGCCGACGCCGACGAUGCCCGAGGAAGCCGAGGACGCGGCCGUGAAGAAGAACGUGCUGAACGGCAUCUCGCGCAGCGCGUCCGCGUCACCGGUGCCGUCCAUGGCCAUCCUCCUCGAGCGCAAGCGCCGUCUCGGCACAGGUACACCCGCGGGCACCCCCGGUGGCGGAAUCGUGUCCCCGAUCCCCGUGCCGGCGCUCAUCGCUCCGAAAGUGAGCCGCCUGGGAUUCAAGAGCAGUCCGCUUGGGGGCGGCGAACGCGCGGCGGGGCUUGUCGUCGCUGAGCAAGUGAAGGAGCAGAGCGCGAACUCAGAUCUCAAUGCCGGGAUCGACGCCGAGCAGAUACCGAAUGAGAAGGACAAGGAGGGGCCCGACAAAUAGGGGACGUGGCGCUGGUGGUGGUGUUUUUGAAAUGUGAAAUGUGAAUGUGGUGUGUGUUCUGUGUGUGUGUGAUCUCUGCUUGCUUGUGAUGUUCGUUCCGAUGACUGCUUACUUACCGUCUGUGCUGCCUACAUAUGAAACUACUUACCUGACUA